AUGUCGAAGUCAGCGAAAGGCUCAAUCGAGAAAAAGGGAAAGAAUGUUAAAGCCAAGUCCGGCUUGAACAAAUCAAUUCUUGAUCAAGAUCGUUUAGCAAAAAUGUGGUCUUUAUUUGGUGUGAAGACACCAAUAAUGUCAGACAUACAUCAAUCGACAGCAUCCGCAGCAAGGAUGUUUGAGACAGAACACGACAAUGAUGCAACAGGUAGUACAACAUCCGAUAGUGAUAAUGCCAAUGAUGAGCAUGGCAGUGAUGACCAUCAAGAAGAGCAGUUGAAUCAUCAAGAAAUUGCUGAAAGUGCAGCUCAAGCUCAGGAUAGUAUUCGUUUUCUAUUGUCAGGGGAAAAUCUUACGGAUAGCGUUGAUAAUGCCGUAGAUGAUUAUGAGGACGACGAAGAUAACGAUGAUGACUUUGAUGAGUUUGAUGACGAUGAAGAAGAGCAGUUUUGUGAUUAUGAUGGUUAA